AUGAUGACUGACAGGUCGCUAAGACCAAAAAGUCAAAAAGAAACACGGGCUAGCUUAUCCCGAACGCUAGAAUUUUUGGCCAAGGGCUUCAUUUUGUCAGCUGAAAUGAGUAAAACUUCGAGAUUUGAUGAAAAUCAAGAGCAGGAACGAUUCGCGGACUCUGUCAAAGAAAUAAACGAAAGAUUAGCAAGAGAAAGAGAGGAUGAAAACGCAUUGCUGCUGCAGGAAAGAGAAGAUUCUGAUUUUCAAGGCUUUCCUGUUGAGCGUCAUUCCUGCCUUGUUUUCAUCCUCUUUAUCCUCUUUUUCCCGAUUGGCUUUCUCGCAAAGAAAAAACAGCGACUGAUAGACGAUGAAACGAGGAAAUACCCGAAAACGCUGAAAAACUACAAAAUGGCUCAGAUUUACUCGCAGGAAUUGAUGGAAUACUGUGCGGGAAUGAUUUUUGCGACUCUCUGCGGUCAUGUGACGAUCUGGAUAAUUUUGGUAUAUUAUGUCAAAUGCAUGGCAAGACCUGACUGUCCUUGGAAAUAA